AAAGUGCAUCUAAAUGGCUUCUACUCUGACUUCAGCAAACUAAUGAUGAAAAGAAGGAGACUGUGGGAUUAUUCAUUUCAGCUUCCCUGGACGAUGGAUGGAGAGAUAUUCAGUGCCACUUUGGUGCCAUCUGGGAACAUGACACAAGAUUCUAGCAUGACCCUGGAACAGAAAACAACCUUUGCCUUUGUGAUUUUAUUAUUUAUUUUCUUGGGAAUCCUCAUUGUUCGCUGCUUCCGAAUUCUCCUUGACCCCUACCAGAGUAUGCCAACCUCAACCUGGGCUGAUGGACUUGAUGGAAUGGAGAAAGGCCAGUUUGAUUAUGCUCUUGCUUAGAGACUGAGAAUUAUUAAGGCUUCUUUAGCGCACUGAUAAA